UGGAGGGAGCGGGGCAGCUGCGCGGCUAUGGCGCCGGGCACGGAUCGCCCGCCGCACGGCCAGGGCUGCGCGGGGCCCCGCGGCGACCGGAGGACAAGGAAGCCGCUGGUGGAGAAGAAGCGCCGGGCGCGCAUCAACGAGAGCCUGCGGGAGCUGCGGCUGCUGCUGGCCGACAGCGAGUUUCAGGCGAAGCUGGAGAACGCGGAGGUGCUGGAGCGGACGGUGCGGCGGGUUCGGGCCGUGCUGGAGCGCCGCGGACGCGGGGGCGGGCGACGGCUCCUGGAGGCCAGCGAGCGCUUCGCCGCCGGGUACAUCCAGUGCAUGCACGAGGUGCACACCUUCGUCUCCAGCUGCCCCGGCAUCGACGCCACCACGGCCGCCGAGCUGCUCAACCACCUGCUGGAGUCCAUGCCCCUCAGCGAGGGCGGCUGCCCGGACUCGAUCACGGACUUUGUGGCGGAGCCGGCCCUCGGCCCCUGGCCCGCCGGCGAGGGCCUGGCGCUGCCGGCUGGAGCCCGCCCGGGCCCGGCCCUGCCCGCCCCCAGCGAGGAGCCCUGCUCCUGCUCCGACUCGGACGAGGCGGAGGCCGGGCCGGGCCAGACCCCCACAGACGGACUGGACGCGUCCCAGACGCAGGGCCUGCCCUCCCCCGGCUCGCCCAAAUCCAUGUGGAGACCCUGGUAACAGCGGAGAGGAGUCAACGCAGGGCUGCUGUGGGGAGGGCAGCGUGCCCCGCACGCGCGUGUGCUGAGUGAGAGUGUCUGUGAGUGUCCGUGUGUCUGUCUGUGAGUGUCCGUGUGCGCGGCUGGCAGCGCUGUGGGGCUGCGGAUUCGGGCUCUCUGACGCUGUCACCCCCUGACAGCCUAAUAGCGAACGCGUUAGCAUUUCAUCCCUGUGCGUGUGUGGCGUUUUGUAACUUCGAGGUUGUUUUUACGAGAGGAUGGAGGGAGGAGGGAAGUGGUUUGUAGUAGCUAAAGCUCUCUGGUGGAGACACAACAGUUAUUUUAUAACCCUGUCUCUUUCUUCUUGGCCCUUAGAAGCGGCCCAAACGCCGCUACCUUGUAAGAAAAAGUCCUUGUGCGUUUUAAAUCACGAUAGCUAAUUGCAGGAGAAGCUGGAGAGAAGUCUGUAUGCACGGUUUCAAGCAUUCUAGUGAUAGCACAGACCCCUGAAAGGUGUCUAUACCUAGAUAGCAGUCGAAGCCUCACCUUUAGGGAAGGUAGAGAAAACUAGAAAGCUGGUGGAAUUAGACAAACAUUUUAAAAGAUGGUGGUGGCAGGGUGCCUUUUAGAAUGCACAUUUUGCUUUUAACACAUUUGAGUUUAUUGUGAUUUUAUGUAUAUUAGGAUGUCAAAUGUUUUUUAUUUUUAAUCUUUAAUAAAAAAACCCCUGAAUUCACAA